AUGGCGGACGAAGAGAUCAAGCCCACGAGCAGCAUAGAAGCUGUUGGAGGACGAAAUAAUGAACAUGAGCAUGGAAUGACUAGUCUUCCAAAUUUACCUAGUACGAGAGAGGAGACGCCACGUGAGAUAAGUUCAGUAGCUGGAUCCAGCAGAGCACAAUCUACGGGAGAACAGGGGGCCAAGCCUCUGAAAAGGUUUGAUACACUACCCACAAGGCGGAAUCAACUUUCACCAGAUACACGAAGACGCGGGCGAACUCUGACUGGCCAGGAGCCUCAAAACAAUGAUCUAUCUUCAAGGAGACAAAUUUUGAGGAGAGGAACCUCGAUUCUUUCUGGAGAAAGUGGAGAUAGAAUGCGUUCCAUUCCUGAGCGAGGAGCCGUUCCUCCUACCACGGAGAGAGAACCUCGUCCUAGCGGCGUUUCCGACCGCACUCAAGCUUCAGGUCUUCGCCCACGCAGGAGCACAACAAGUCGUCAACGAGGAGCCUCCAUCCGAAGAAGACCAACUGUUGCGUUAGAAGCUGUAACCUCGGGAGCCGAUGUUGGAGGCGGAGAUAACUUUACAUUGGCUGGACCUGCACCAAUCGAAACCAUGGCGCAGAACCAACCCUACGUUGAUCCAGGGUACGCCCAUCUCAAUCCUGCUUAUGUUCAACCCGAGAAUGUGAGGCCGGUAUGGGGUUUGGCCAAGCCUUUACCCCGUGUGGUACGUCCAGGUAUGAUUCCGUCACGCACGGAAAUCAACAUGGCCCAGCAACAGCAACAACAACAACAACAACAACAACAACAGCAGCAGCCUCAAAGCCAGGCGGAUAUAGAUUUAGAACAAGGUAGGAUCGAACCAACCCUCAAACUGUCCAGAAUCUCAACCGCACUUCAAAAUGCUAGACAACAACGUGAAAACAACCUCAUGGAAGCACAUGGGUUGGUUUCGCCGACAAAUUUACAAAGUACGACAUCGCAGCAGCAGCCAUUGACUGCUCCGUCACAGGUCAUUGAAGAAGAGGACCCAGCCGAUAAACCCACAAACGCAGGUACGACAUCUGCAGAACGCCCUCCAACACGCCCUCCCCUCUCUUUUGAUGGUCGACCCUCGCAGAAUUCGCAACAUUCGCAGAAUGAGCCUUUCCCUAGUCUUUCGGACCACGAUGACCAAGGGUCUGUGACAACGGAAGUUGCGGGUCCGGAUGGCCUAGAUGGAGAAUGGGUUGGCCAAGAGAUACCGUUGGUAGCGUACGAUCCCAAUUACGAUGAUGAGAUUCACAAUCUUCAUACACACUGGUCCGUUAUACGAUUAAGAUUUAGAGAACCACUUGCGGAGUUAUUAGCCGUCACUUGCCAACUUACACUCGGAUUUUGUGCGGAUCUAGUGGUGGUAACAUCAGGCAAAAAUUCAUCGCCUGCAGGAAACGAAGUUACUACCGAUUGGGCUUGGGGUUUAGCAUCAAUGCUUGGUAUCUACAUUGCCGGUGGUGUUUCUGGAGCUCAUCUUAACCCGGCCAUUUCUAUAAUGCUCUGGAUAUAUCGAGGUUUCCCUCUCCGCAAAGUACCGAUGUAUGUUCUCGCACAGAUACUAGGAGCAUUCAUCGCAGCAUUAAUCGCAUUCGGCCUUUAUCAAACCAAUAUUGUCGAAUAUGGAGGGACCAAUCUGAAAACCGGCGAUACUAUGGGAGCUUUCAUUACAUACCCCAGAUAUGCCUGGAUUAACGCUGGUACAUCAUUCUUCACCGAAUUCGUCGGAACCGCAAUCCUAGCAGUUGCAGUCUUAGCACUAGGAGACGACAUGAACGCACCUCCAGGAGCGGGUAUGUCAGCCUUUGUAAUGGGACUCGUGAUCACCGUUCUCAGUAUGGCUUUUGGUUACAAUACUGGCGCUGCCUUGAAUCCCUCUCGAGAUCUGGGGCCAAGACUUGCGCUCUUAGCACUUGGCUAUGGAGAAGAUCUCUUCACUGAUGUAUAUUGGAUAUGGGGUAAUUGGUGUGCGCCGAUUUUGGGUGCUAUCUUCGGGGCAUUCUUAUAUGAUGCUGCGAUCUUUGCGGGUGGUGAAAGUCCUGUUAAUUAUCCGCGAAAGAGGAUAAAGAGGGCAGGACACAAGUGGAGAAAGAAGUGGGGUGUUAGGUUGAGGAAGAUGAAGCCCGCGAAGAAGGGUGAGGAUGAGGCGUAUCGAAGAUGGAAGGAGAGCCAGUAA